UAGCAAGCUCGCUUAUGAUAUUCAUAAAAUUUUGAAUUGUUGUGGCUUCUCUUUCCGGGGCAUAUCUGAACUGUGGAGAUCUCUAAUUUUGGAAAUAUCUUAAUAUAUCGGAAAAUGGUGAAAACCGUGAAGCGCAGACUAUCCAACCCCCAGAUCAUCCUCCAGCUAUGGGAGGCUAUUACGUGCAUUCGGCAGAGCAAACAGGUGGCCAACAUGGACCGCAUCUAUCGCUUCAUGGAGCGUUCUUACGGCGUCUCCAACAAAGAUGUCCAGAAGGAGAUGGCUAAUGCCGUGAAGGAGGGCUUGUUGGUGAAGGAAGUGUCGACAUGCAAGCGUGGAGAGAGGGAGGGACUGACGCAGGAUGGCUUCUGGUGUGCUGAAGAAAGAACCGAAGAGUCUGAAGAGCCCCAUGAUUGGUACUGUUUUGAGUGUCACGCUGGGGGAGAUGUAUUGUGUUGUGGGACUUGCUGCAGAGUCUAUCACCCAGACUGCGUGAAGGUCAGUGACCCAGAGAAGAUACUGAGCAUUUGGAUCUGUCCUAUUUGUGAGAGUUUCAAGAAGAAGAGCAUACAGUUAAGUAAAUGGGAUCUCAACAAAAUCUUACUGCACGUUCUCAACAGAAUGAAAGAAAAGGCGAGGGAUCUCUCAAGGAAGCUUAACCUGAAUGAAUUACCUAAUUAUUACAACCUAGUUUAUCAACACAUCGAUCUUUCCACUAUGAUGGAGAAACUGUCAGAGAAAAGGUAUCGUACUCUUGAAGAAUUUGAAGGUGAUGCGAAGUCCUUGGUUCACAUUGCCCAUAUUUACUAUGGACCAGUCAGUGAGAGAGCUAAUAUUUGUGAACAAACCCUAAAAGACUGCCUCUAUGAUCUAUCAGAAAUCCGUCUCUGCAAAGAUUGUUACAUCAUGUCCAAUGAUAGAACACAGAAAGAUUGGUUUUGCAAACCUUGUAAUCCUCCUCAUGAGCUUGUCUGGGCCCAGAUGACAGGCUUUGGAUUCUGGCCUGCAAAAGUACUACAGAAAACAGACACAAACGCAGAUGUUAGAUUCUUCGGAUCGCGGCAUGAAAGAGCGUGGAUCGAUCUUUGCCAUCUCCGUGAGAUUACCGUAGAACGCAACAAACUGAGACACAAGCCCUCUAUAGGCUGGCGUUCCGCUGUGAAAGAGAUGGAUACCUACAUGGCCAACCUGGCCGAAUAUCAAGAGAGAGCGGCGAGCAGAGCUAAGGAAAGGACCUCUUCAACGUCGGGACGGAAGAGGAAGCUGAAGAAGGAGGGGGAUGAUGAUGGUGAUGAGGAGGAUAGUAGCAUUGUAGAGGAGGAGGAUGAUGAGGAUGCGCAGUGUGAGGCAAGGCAUGUUGUCAGGGCAAGCUCCUCAACGGAUGCAGGGCAGGACCAUAGUGUGAGCACCAGUCAGACAUCACCACCUGAAAUAGACGAGCCUGUUAACAAGAAACUCAAAGCAGAGGAAGGUUCAUCAUCAUCACCAGGACCAAAGACUGCUUCAAAAACCAAAACUGAAGCGGAAACUGCGCCAGAUCCCGAGCCGAUGGAUGCAGUCCCAGAGGACAAUGAUGAAGCACCGAUAGAAGACAGUCCCCUAGAUGACACCCCACCUCCGCCUCUUGAGGAGGAAGGUACAAGUGAGACGACGUCACCCAACUCAAGGACAUCUCCGAACUCAAGGACAUCUCCGAACUCAAGAACAUCUCCAAACUCGAGAACAUCCCAGAGCAGACUCGAAGACAAUACCAAGACGACAACGCCAGCUCUUCGAUCAAGGCUAGAGGCCGAUUAUAAGAAGAAGUUGGACAAGGCUGUCAAAGAAGUCUUAGAUAAGGCCAAGCAAGAAUGGCAGGCAGAGAAGGAAAAGAUAUUGAAAGAAGCAAAGGAUAAACUUGCUGCUGAAGUCCAGAGGGUGAAGACAGAGACUGAACAAAGAUGCAAGAAAGAGCACAAUGAGCAAGUCCAGAAGCUCUCUGAUGAAAUAUCUCAAACCAAGAAGAAACAAUGGUGUAUAAACUGUGAGAAAGAAGCCAUGUACCAUUGCUGCUGGAACACAUCCUAUUGUAGCAUUAGCUGCCAACAAGUCCACUGGCACCAAGAGCAUAAGAGACUCUGUCGACGUAAACGAUGAUCACCCCCACCCCCCAGGUCCACUGGCACCAAGAGCAUAAAGAGACUCUGUCGACGUAAACAAUGAUCAUCCCCACCCCCCUCCAACAAACUUCCCUUGCCCAUUAAAGACACAUACAUGCGAUGUGUGUAAACAGUGCAGCCAAUGAUGAACCCAACUCAUGGAUUUUCUGAUUCUGCAUCCUCGGUAAGCAGGAUUCCAGCGUUGACAUGAUGAUUACUGAAGCAGUCAAAUUGGGAGUAUGGUUUUAAACGAGUCCAUAGAUGGAGAAAUCACAAUCUGCAGGUACAUAUACAUGCAUAUUACUCUCAAAAUGUUGCUUCAACAUGACAUUUUGUAUGCGUGAAAGUGGAUCCAGCAAUCUGAAGUCUGCUGCGGCUCCCUUUUCGAUAGGGCUUUUCAUAAACGUUUGAUUAGUCUUCUAGCCAUUUUUGUCUGACUUUACCCUCCCUUGAAAAAUCCUGAUUAGUCAUGAAUAGUGGACUAUAGAAGGAAUUGAUGGCAAGACGACACCAAAACUGACUCAAAGCUGACCAAUGCUCAGUUAUAGGAAAAAGUGGAAUACAUUUUGUUAGUGUGACCAUAGCAUAGGACUAGGGGAAUCCGGAAGAAACCGGAUGGAACAGGAUGAAGGUAGAUGGAACACGAUGGAAGUAGUUGAAAUGGGAUGAAUAUAUCAAGAAUUAGUGUUAUUUAUUUACUUGCAUAAUUGCCACCCAUGUGAAUUGGACUAUAUUCAAAUACAUUAGUUUUUAAAAUCAAUCUCAUAGGCUGGAAUUCACAAAGGUGGUUUUGAAAACCCACGGUUGAGUACAUGGUUUAUGCAGAUUUCCU